CGAUGUCGUUGUUAUUCAUCGUGUCAUCGUUUGAGGAGGAGUUUGAGUAAACAACAAAAACCAGAAGAAGAUCGUGAAAGGAGAAGCAAUAGGAGUCGAUCGGAGCCGUCGAGGGGCCAAUAUCGUUUAUUUCAGACCCAUUUCCAGGUUCCGAAGGGGUUAUUACCAUUGAACAAUUAUGAGUUCGACGUUAAAAAGGCAUAAACAUUUUGAGGAACUGUGUGAAAAGACAAGUGAAGAUAGGAUCAGCAGCUUGCCAAGCAACCUUAUCGGCCACAUACUCUCAUUUCUUCCGACAAAGAAUGCUGUGGCUACUAGUGUUUUGUCAACUAGAUGGAAGGAGCUGUGGACAAUGAUCACCCACUUAUACUUCGAUGAUUACUUAUUGCAUAGCCCUAAACACUUGAACCGAGACCUUGACGCGCUCCGUACUACAUUUACAGAAUUUGUGAAUCGGGUAUUGUUAUUGGGAAGGUUCUCGUGCAUAGACACAUUCAGGUUACACUGUGUUGAAUGCUACAAUGCUCCGGGUGUCAAUUCAUGGCUUGCUUCUGUCUUGACAUGCAAGGUUCAAGAACUUGAUAUUCGUGUCCCUCAAAUGAACUCUAGUUUGUUGCCAAGCAACCUGUUUACUUGCACAACACUGGUGAAGCUAACACUGGAUGAAGAGAUGUGCGGGCCCACAUACCUUUUUAUUGAAGAUUGUGAAGCGGAAGGCUAUGUGGUAGAGAACCUCCACGAGCUCACAAGCGCACACAUUUGUAUUCGAUGCAGCAGGACCUCGGGGAUCCGGCCCCUACAUUACCAUGGUGAUGAUGCGAUAAGUGAUCUUCUGAAGGGGAUGUCCAUAGUUCAAAAGCUACAUUUGUUCACGGAGGCUAAUAAUGACCGACGAAGUGUCCUACCCAUGUUCAGAAAUAUGGACGACUUGGUAUAUGUAAUUAAUCGUGAUGAUAAAUUUGAAACGCUGUUGAAUUUGCUAGAGAGAUCGCCCCACUUGCGCUCUUUGAGAACGGAAUUUUGUUAUGACGAUCGUAAUUAUUCUGAUUACCAGCCUCAGCUUGAAUUUUUGAGUGAACCUUAUCACCCACCCGAACCGGAGCUACUUCAGCAAGUUCCUGAUUGCUUGUUGUUUCAUCUCAAAAUUAUCAAGAUUGUGAAUUUCCAAGGCUAUCACGAGGAAGUGAAAUUGGUGGAGUACCUUCUGAAAAACGCAAGAGUCUUAGAGAAGUUUAUCAUUAGUGGCAAAUCGUGCUUCUUGGAGCGCUACUUGAGGAUGCAUGAAGAUCUUCGAUUCCUACCAAGGGCAUCAAGAUGAUUUGGAUGAAAAUGGAGUAUGAAAAUGAAAUAUGGAGUACAUAUUUCAUUGAAGAAGUUGAUGAAGAUGAUGACUAGCCUUGGUCAAAAGAGAGCAGCUUGCUACUGAAGAAAAAGAAGAAGAAAUUACAGUGAAAUGA